AUGUCGUAUGCCAUGUCUCAGUUACUCUCAUCCUCCGAAGGUUGCCGUUUUCCCUGCAGCUCUUCCCCGGUGCUCCGCCGUCAGCCGACGUCAAUGCCUGCGAAAAGCAAUUAUAAUCGGGUCAGGAGCACAAGUCAGCGAUUAGCGGUGUCAGUGGGCAAUGUUCCGGCGAUGCGGUCGACCGAGAAACGGAGGUUGGAGAAGGAAGAGAAUGAACGGAAAGAGAAAGGGAAGACACGUAAGAGUGGCUGGAAGGAUUACAUCGAACAGUCAAAGGAGCUGAUUAAAUCGGACGGUGGACCGCCACGGUGGUUUUCGCCGUUGCACGGUGGUUCGCGGCUCAACAAUUCUCCUCUCUUGCUCUACUUGCCAGGGAUUGAUGGCGUGGGACUUGGGCUUAUUUUACAUCAUCAAAAACUGGGAAAGAUUUUCGAUAUGUGGUGCCUGCAUAUUCCAGUUAAGGAUCGAACGCCAUUUACAGAACUCGUGAAGAUGGUUGAGAGAACUAUUAGGUCCGAGAAUCAAAGCUAUCCAAACAGACCCAUAUAUAUUAUCGGAGAUUCUUUAGGAGCGUGCCUUGCAUUGGCUGUUGCAGCACACAACCCUGAUAUUGAUCUUGUGCUAAUUUUGGCUAACCCAGCUACUUCAUACAAUAGGUCACAAUUGCAACGUAUAACACCAUUAUUGGAAGCUAUGCCUCGCCAAUUCUCUCCCGGCGUGCCUUAUUUUCUUAGUUUGAUGGCAGAUGAUCCUUCGAGGAUGGUGUUGGAUUAUAUGGUGAAGGGACUUCCCCUGCAAAAUACAGCUAGAGAGUUAUUGGGGGAUCUUAGUAUUUUGUCAUCUUCCCUCCCUGUUUUUGCUGAGAUAUUGCCAAGAGAAACACUUCUGUGGAAAUUACAGAUGCUUAAGUCCUCUUCCACGUAUGCUAAUUCGCGCCUUCAUUCCAUCAAAGCUCAGAUUUUGAUGCUUAGCAGUGGAAAGGAUCAGUUACUGCCUAGUAAGCAAGAAGGUGAAAAGCUAUACCGUUUACUACCAAAAUGUGAGCUUCGUAAGUUUGAUGACAGCGGUCAUUUCCUUUUCUUGGACGACAGCGUUGACUUAUUGACGAUCAUCAAAAGCACUUGUUUCUACCGUCGUGGCAAGUAUCGUGAUUAUGUUUCAGAUUUUAUACCACCGUCACCUGAUGAACUUCAAAAAAUAAUGGAAACAUUCAGAUUGUUCAACAGCCUAACAAGUUCUGUAAUGUUGUCAACUUUGGAGGAUGGAACGAUUGUUAGAGGCCUUGAUGGAAUCCCUUGGGAAGGGCCUGUCCUGCUAGUUGGAUAUCACAUGCUAUUAACAUUGGAUGUAAUCCCUCUGGUGACCAAGAUUGCUUCUGAGAAAAAAAUCUUAGUACGAGGAGUGGCACAUCCAUCGUUUUUUGAGAAACCAAAAAACGGAAAAUUGCCUGAAUUAUCUUUAUACGACUCGUACAGGCUUAUGGGUGCUGUUCCUGUGGCUGCGAGUAAUUUCUAUAAGCUUUUCUCUUCCAAGGCUCAUGUCCUGCUUUUUCCAGGAGGGAUGCGCGAGGCUCUACAUCGGAAGGGUGAGGAAUACAAAUUAUUCUGGCCUGAACAAGCAGAGUUUGUUAGGAUGGCGGCCAGAUUUGGAGCCAAGAUUGUGCCUUUUGGCACUGUUGGAGAGGAUGACUUUGGUCAGGUUGUUAUUGAUUAUGAUGACUUGAUCAAGAUUCCUUACUUUGGGGCUGAAAUAGAAAGUUUAGCAAAGGAGGCUGUGAUGUUGAGAGGCGAUGCUGAAGGUGAAGUGGCAAAUCAACCAAUUCAUCUUCCAGGAAUACUGCCCAAAUUUCCAGGCCGAUUCUACUUUUACUUUGGAAAACCAAUUGAAACCCGAGGGAGGGAGAAGGAACUGAGAGACAGAGACAAGGCACAUAAGGUGUACGUGGAAGUGAAGUCUGAGGUUGAGAAAUGCAUCGCUUAUCUGAAGGAGAAAAGGGAGAGCGAUCCUUACAGAUGUUUGAUACCUCGGCUUCUAUACCAAGCCACGCAUGGAUUCACACACGAUAUUCCAACUUUUGAAAUUUGAUUGUUCCGUGUAACUUAAUUAGUUCAUAUGAGUGGACCCCAACUUACCAUCCCAAAUGGGUUAGACGCAGUUAAUAAUAAUAUAAUGAUGGGAUAGCUACGUGUUACCAAAAA